GUUAGCAAAGGUGCCAAAUCUGUUAUACCUGAAUGUAUAAUGAGUAUUGAGCCAAAAGACAAUAAAUUUUUUGACCUUUUUGACACAAUUACGUUAGGACAAUAUGAUGAUAAAGAGGUGAAAGUUUUUAUUAGAAGAGUAACUUCCGAAGGCUGGCGAGAAGUAGAUAAUGGGUUAAAUAGAGACUUGAAAAUAUUAGAAAUAUUGGGGUUUAUGCAGGUUAAAUUUUGCCUCAUUACUGUGACAAAUUUAGAUACACCAGGUUCAACUCAAAAUAAACUUGAUGCUUUUAGUAUUAUAAUGAGAAAUUCGAGAGAGCCUUUGCUUCCUCAACGUUCUACUGAAAAUAAUAACCACAACCAACUUUAUAAUGAAAUCAUUGAGCUUUUUAAAGCUUAUAAUGUUGGCUGGACUAAUGGUUUACAUGAAUCAAUAGAAAAAACAUUUAUAAUUCGUCUUGCAAGUGCUCUUUGCCAACCAUGGGCAAGUAAUAAUAGAUGGAGCCAAGUAAUACCUGCAAUUCUUUAUUUAAUUGAAGUUCUAAAAAAAUAUUCGGAUUAUUUAAUUACAACCAAUGCUAGUAUGAAUGAACUUCAUCAUAGCAAUGAAAGUGCCCGCAGUCCUGAGAAUAACAAUACUAUGUAUCAUGCUAAUGCUUGCGAACCUUGUGAGCUUAAAGAUGAAUAUAUUUAA